GUCCCCACGCGCCGUGCGCUUUGUACGGCUUUCGAAGCUGGAGCCGCGCCACCGUUCAAGACGUUCGUCGCCCGUCCCGGCCGAGCAUAUCUCUUAGCACCUCCGCGCCCGUUUUCUAGGGUGGUACGGCUUUGUAAUUGAAAGAGGCAUGUGACUUCGCCACCCGUCCGCGCCCGAACGCUGGAAGCCCCGGUCGGCAUUCCCACUGGAGUCGUUUGGCGCUAAAGUAAAAGGCCUAUGACUCUGCUACCGCAGCAUCAAGAAAACUGGUCUAGACGUGCAAAAGAAUCUUCAGCACACAACCACCGCCACGGGGACAAAGACUCGCCACCGCACCAGGAUACGACGGCUUCCCCGAAUAAGAUGGAGCCCGAACUAGCGGAACAAGAUGUACUAGUUCGAACUUGUCGACAUUUUGUUCGAACUAGUCGAAGCAAGCCCGAACUAGUAGAACAGCUGUCGCAAGCCGACCUAGCCCGUGUGCAGUUGGGCUCGCUAGCAGGUGAGGACUGGCGGAUGCGGCAAGCUUUUGCAGAUCUUCGUGCCUACCCUCUGUUACGGUUUCAAACUGCAUUCUCACAGCAAACCUCCUGGGUCUUCUUACUCGAAAAUGUUAAGGCACUAGUGCCUGAUCUUUCCUUUUGGUGAAAGCAAGCAAAAUAGUAAACACUUCCCGGCCUCUAACUCUACAACCUGUCACCGAUUUGGAUGUUGCGGUAGCGCAGUCGCAAUCUUUUGAGGCGUUUCAAGGUUUGGUGGACAAAGUGGGAGGAGAGAAAGUGGAAAUUUUCCUCUUCGGGGAAAUGCGCGACAUCGAAACAGCAAGAGCACAAGUGGAGGCGUUCUUGAAUUAUGGUCAGUGGCGGACUGGUGUUGUUGUAGUUUUUUGUGGCUAUCGUUUAUUUAUAGGUGAUGGGCGAUCUUUGGGUUUGCUGUGGUUAAUAUCGUUUGGGGCUUAAUAUUUUUUGCAACAAGUCUUUUUUUUUGAGUGCCGUGUCUUUGGAAGUGUUGUUUGGAUGAUUGUUGCACCAUUGACUAAAAGAUCUCUUAACCCCAAAAUCACUGCCACCAAAUGAAAAUAGUACGACGUUUAUUCUAACUCCCCAUCCCAGUUGUUCUUCAAGAACCCGGGAAGCUUAGAGGUGUGGACUUAAAGGGUUUUCGAUCGAAAUGUGUUGACGGAGCUGCGCUUUUGCGUGCGGCAAACGCUGCUGCUGCGGCAGCUCCUUUGGCGCCGCGCUCGUGCACGAUCGUGCUUUCAAGCUACGAGAUUCUUGGAGCGAGACCAGGAAUCACGCAGGAAUUGGAAAAUUUAUGGUCGUUGCAAUGAGAGCAAUUUCAUGCGUUUUGUACUAAGUACUUAGUGAUAAUUAGUGACUUAGUUAGGGCAAUGGUUACUGUACGAGAAUUAUUCACGACACCCAACAAAAUUGAACAAUGAUUUUGAAGAACCAGAUUCUUGCCACCAAAAAGCAUUCGCAUUCUUCUAGAAGUACACCAGCUAAGUAUCGACGAAAGGAACAACAAAAACAAAAAAUUGAUUGGCACUUUCGAUGCCACCGUGCGGCGCUCUUGUAGAGGACUUGGUGCGCAGAAUCUUUUUGACCGUCGACAUCGAACCGCAAUUUUAUCGGCUGCAGCUAGUUCUGGGAAAAGAAUGGAUAGGUUAUGAAAUCUAAAUCAUGGAUGAUGAAAAAUGCAUUUCCAAGUAGAAUCUUUGAUGUUAUUGUGACCGAAUUCGUGUUCCUAGCACCACAACGACAAUGACAACCACCACGACAACUACAACCACCACCACCACUACCACCACCACCACCACCACAUUUCUAACCAACAAAGGCUGUUGUUUCUUCCACCACCACAACCACAACCACCACCCAAACCUCCAACUACUCUAACCGCCGCGGAGAUGAGUUUGAAACCUGGCCUGCUCAGUAUACUUCUAUCCAGGGAGAUUCUUUUCCAACUCGGAUUAACCCUGUGUUUCCUGAACAAGUGCACUUUGAACGGAACCAGUGUGGACGACUACUACGUCGAGCGGCUCUAUGCCCAACGCUGUGUGAACCGGAAUGCGAAGACACUGGACAAGUUGACGCUGUCGAAUUUAAACACUGGUGUUGGGGAGGCGUUGCACUGUGGGGCAGUGGUGAAUGGUAUGGCCGAAGAACAAAGUAGAAUCAUCUAUACCACUGGUUGUACAUUUGAAUUUGACAUAGGCAAUGCUAUGCGAGGAUCUCGCUGUAACAAACUGUGGAAUAUGAAGAAGAAGGUGGGGAGGUAACUAUCUAAUGCAUUUUUCGUCAUCUAUUUCUAUUUAAUGUUACUUGUCGAGAUCAACAAUAAAAAUACUAAUGGUCGUUGUUCCUGUCUAUUUGGUCGUAGGUUGGUGGAAUCUAUCAUGUAUCUAUUCGAUGAGUUGAAGCAUCCUCAAGCGUCUCGAACAAGUGCCUCAUUCACCAGUUCUCCGGAGGCAGUUGUCAUCCGGAGAACUGGUGAAUGAGGCAGGCAGUUCUCCAGGUGCACGGCAUCCUCCUGCAUUCUCAGAAUGAAAUAUUUGGAUUCAUUUCCUAAGCGAAAUAGAUUCAUUUCCCAAUGUGGAGCGAAAUAGAUUUAUAUGGAGCGAAAUAGAUUCAUUUCCUGAGCACUGCUGAGAGUAGUAGUUCCUUCCUGUCAUCAACCUCCAAGGCUUUUAACGACUGUUGAUACCUAGAAAAAUAGCUACUUCUCUCUGCUUCCUGCAUAUUAUCUUGAUGAUACCUUUUCCUCUUGAGUUACUUGCUCUCCAUUUUUCUCCAACUCUCCUCCGGUGGCGGCAUCCUAUCCUAUCCUAUCCUAUUCUCCAACGCUUCUCCCCAUAUAUGAAUGAAUGAAUAUCUUUAAAUGAGUGAAUGAAUGAGGUAAAUGAAUGAAUUCUUUAAAUCCCCCAAGGGUACCAAGUGCGUCGUUCCCCUGUUCAUCCCCCAAGGGUAUCAAACCGGACGUCUCCGGUUGCAGGAAAUCCUAGAUCAACCCGCACCAGCUCUUGCGGAUCAUCUGCGAGAGUUGGAGGGUUUUGGGUUGCGGCUUUGUCCGGUUUGCACUCGCAAAUUGAUCCACAUCACCAAGGAAGACCCUUUGAACCGACUGCUGGCGCAGAGAGAUUCUUUGGCAGAACUUUUUCCGGUGGAUAGUCACUUUUUUGCAGAGAGAGCGAAGGAUGCGGGGUGUGCGACGUGAGAACGGAAAUUGCGAUGAAAAGGAGCUAGUUGCGAAAAGGAGCUAGUUGUUGAUCUCAAAAAUGCCACAGCAUUUAUGCAUAGUAGCCAACCAGUAAAGUAAAUGGCAUAGUAAUAUGCGUCCAGGAGUACGUUUUGAUGUUUGAAUAAAUGUUUGUUCUUCGAAGUUUCGAAGUAGAAAGUAAGACGUACUAGAAAAGUUUGCGACACGUAUUCAUAAGAUUGCAAGUACUCUUCGUGAUGUGUAACAACAGGUGAGUCAAUUCCGUUUUUGAAUUUUUGUUUCUGUUCCGCAAGAGCACGAG